UUGUGGUAUAAAGCUAGUGAAACAAGCAGACUAUGCCUGAGUGUGCUGCAUUUUCUUGGGGGGGUACAACACAAAGAAGUCACUAUUCCGUACACGCAAACAAACAAUUCUUAGAUGACCCAGUUACAUUACACUACACAUGAUACAAUAACAAUGUGUGCCUUCAUAGUUCAUUGUAACGCCGGCGAUAGAAAGUAUUAAUUAAGGAAUUCGUCGUUUAUUUUAAUUUAUUAGGCCUAUGCAAAUAGUUGGGCUAUUGCAAUAUUUCUAGAAUCAGCAUUGGCGUAUGCCUGACCUUGUGACGUCAGGGUGUCACUAACGUCCACAGAUGGAGGGCUUCAUUGGCGUGACGCAGCUCCAGGCUGCGGAGUCGGACCUCGUGAAAGCAGACGAGCACCAGACGAUCAAAGCGGAUUACGAGCACGUGGGGGUGGACAUCGUUAAUCCACUAAUCCUCCACGCUGAAUUAGGGUCACUGGACCAGGUGAAAAAGUUGCUGGACGAAGGUCAGUUGGUGGAUCAAGAGGACGAUGAGGGUCACACGCCUUUAAUCGCGGCUGUGACCGCGGAUAAAGGAAACGUAGUGGAUUAUUUACUACAGGCCGGAUGUGACGUGGAUUAUAGAAACAAAGAAGGCAACACGGCCUUGAUGUUUGCGGUGACCAGUACCAACGAGGGUAUGGUGCAGCGGCUUAUCAACGCCGGAGCGUGUGUGUCUUGUAAGAACAACUGCAACGACAGCCCGCUGAUUCUAGCCUGCUGUAAAGGCUACUUAAAAAUCGCAAAGUACUUACUAGAAGCGGGGGCGUCAGUGUCACUCCCAGGUCGGGACGGGGAUGCGCCGAUAAUAUGCGCGUCAAGACACGGCCACACCCAUAUUGCUAAAUUUCUGCUCAGCAACGGUGCGAAAAUCGACGUGGAGAAUUCGUUUGGCGACACCGCGCUGUUGUGUGCCGCGCAGUAUAAGCGCGCAUCCACCGUCAACUACUUACUACGUCACGGCGCUGACGUCAACCACAGAAACAAUAUGCUUGAGACGGCCCUUAUCCAAGCCGUCUCCAAAAGCUCGUUAGGCAUCUGUAAAGAUCUAGUCAAAGCCGGAGCGGAAGUCAACGCUGUGGAUUCCCACGGCAACACCGCUCUCAUCUACGCCGCGAGAUUCGAUCUAGUCGAGAUCAUGAAAUUCCUCAUCGAAUCCGGCGCCAACCUGAACCAAAUCAACGUCCACAAUAAAACAGCGUUAUGGUUCGCUGUUUGCCAUUCCGUCAUGUCUUUCAGCCCCUGCCUCCAUCUGUUGCUCAGCUCCGGGGUUCACAUCGGGUUUGAGCUUCACCAGGCCACCAGUGUCGGGCUCCUCCAUGUCGUCCACGAGCUCCUGUCCCACGGGGGCCUGCCCCACCUAGUCUGUGUCUCCACCUUCAACAUCCGCUCCCUCCCGCCACACAUCCAGCAGUUAUCCCCCCUGUCGGUAGCUCUCCUGACAAAAAGGCUGGACAUUGCCAGGUAUUUCAUUGACAUCGAUUUCCUCACGGACUACGACGUUCAGUGUCUCCCUAACGACCAGAAACUGAAACAAUUUCUUAAAGCCAACGGCAAAGACGAAUCCUUGCGUCUUCUGGAAAGUUCUUUCUCCCAGCCCUGGACGCUGGAGAGCUGGUGUCUGCUGGCCAUAUCCCGGGCCGUGGGGUAUGACCACGUGACCCGAACACGCAGGGUCAGAGACACUGGGCUGCCUGCUGUAUUCCAGAGGCGUCUGCUGCGUGGGUUGGCCUGUGUGUGGUUGGGCCAACCGCCAAACCCAGAUAUGUGUGCUUUAAAUCUGACAAUUUCUGAGUGCAACAAGAUGCUUCACCAUUAGGACUUUAGGACAAUGUUAGCAGGACUAAGUAGAACAAGAUGCUUCACCUUUAGGACUUAAGUGGUAGGACAAUGUUAACAGGACUAAGUACAACAAGAUGUUGCACCAUUAGGACUUUAGGACAAUGUUAACAGGAC